AUGAAACGCAACAUGAAGGGUCCACCUGGACUUCCUGGCCUGAAAGGACUUGCUGGCCCCCAGGGUCCUCCAGGAAGAAAUGGGCCCAACGGGGUCCCAGGAAAACCGGGACGAGGAGGGGAACCAGGUUCUCCUGGCCCAAAGGGCAUGACUGGUCCACCUGGAAACCAGGGAACAGGUGGACCGAUUGGUCUUGAUGGAACACCGGGGGACAAAGGAGAGAAGGGCAAAGAUGGAGAUCCUGGUGACAUUGGCAUCCGUGGUUCGGAUGGAGAACAGGGUCCCUUAGGAUCGCCUGGAAGGCAAGGUCAGCCUGGAAGGAAAGGGGAGCAGGGUGACAGAGGAACCCCAGGAGAUCCUGGCAUCAAGGGAAGUCUUGGAGAAUCUGGAGACAGGGGCUUCCAAGGGCCACCAGGAGAAAUGGGAGAACGUGGGAAAGAGGGUGGUGUUGGUGAUCCUGGAAUCCCAGGCGAGCCAGGAACCAGGGGAGAAAAGGGCAGCGCUGGCACCAGAGGACUCUUCAGUUGGCCUGGGCCGGCUGGGAUCCCAGGCAACAUUGGCCAAAAGGGCCUCAAAGGAGAGACAGGUCAAGAAGGCUCUCUGGGGAAUCCAGGUCUUCCGGGUCAGAAGGGGUCAAAGGGCACAGCUGGUAUGAUGGGACCUCCAGGAGAAAAUGGGAAGAAGGGGGAUCAGGGAUCACCUGGACCUCUGGGGUCAUCAGGUCCUGUAGGCCUCGAGGGAAUUCAGGGACUUCGAGGUCUUGAUGGUCAGAAAGGAGACCAAGGAAUGACGGGAGAGAAAGGAACUGGUGGGCUGCAGGGUGACGCUGGGCCACCAGGUCAAAGAGGACUGCCUGGAGAAAGGGGAGUGGGUGGUCCUCCAGGGGGAAAAGGAGAACCCGGAUCAACAGGAGAUUUUGGUCCUCAGGGGGCUCCAGGACCACCAGGUGUAGCUGGCCAGAAAGGAAGCAAAGGGACAAAGGGUGAACAGGGGCACGAGGGGAGAAUUGGAAAGAUGGGUAAAGCUGGCAGAAAGGUAAGAAGAGGUCUCUGUUCUCUCCCAAGGAGCCACCUUCCUCUGAGACGGGUUCUCCAGGUGAAAAGGGUCUCCCAGGUGUCCGUGGACCCCAAGGCAUUUCUGUGA